CCGGAGCUGCAGAAAUGCUAGUUGACUUGAUACCUCAACCUGGUGAAGUGCGGUUCGGAUUGGACAUCAAACGCACUGACGAGGGACUGAUUUGCAUUCACUCAGUGACAAAAGGUUCAGCUGCUGAUCGUUGUGGGCUUGGCAGCCUUCAUGAGGAAGCAUACGCAAGUGGCCGCCAGCUUGUGAUGUCUAGGUUAGAGGGCAAGAGCUUGAUGCCAUCACAUGUUAGCUCUGCGGGGCUCAUACACUGUUGUGAUCACACAGAAAUUAAAGAAACUCUUGCCUCGGCCAUUGACCAGAUGGAAAGAGUUCAGCUUCACCUCAUGGCCUGGUCUAACCAUUUACUUCCCAUUGCUCCGAAAGCUGUUCGCGCCACAACAGUACUCCGGCCGCCAAGUGGCUCCUGUCCCCCGAAAACAUGGUGAUCAUUUUGUAGUUUGACAAUUGCAGCUCAUCUCACACCUCUACAAAUCAAGU